AUGGUUAAGGAGAAUUUUGAAAAAACAUUGUGGGUUUGUGUUUCGGAUGUAUUUGAAAUGAAAAUGAUUGCAGAAAAAAUAGUCAAAUCUGGGAGAGGGAAGAAGGAUAAUUACCUUCAACUAGAUGCAGUGCAAAACGAGCUUAGGAAAAUGCUUAAUGGAAAGAAGUAUUUGCUAGUGCUCGAUGAUGUGUGGAAUGAAGAUCCUUUGAAAUGGUCGAGACUGAAGAAUAUGUUGAUUGGUGUAGCCAAGGGAAGUAAGAUUUUACUGACUACUCAUUCAGAUGUGGUGGUGGAAGUUUCAGGAAGUGUUCACCAACAUAAAUUAGGAGACCUUUCAGAGGAAAAAACAUGGACAUUGUUUGAAAAAAUGGCAUUUGGAUGUAACAAAGAGAGCAAAAAUUCAAAUUUGGUGGAAAUAGGAAAGGAAAUUGUGAGAAAGUGUGGAGCCGUUCCUCUUGCAAUAAGAUUUGAUUUGAUUACCAUGUGGAUUGCUCAAGGCUUUAUUCAAGCAACUACUAACAACAGAGAUAAAGUGGAGGACGUUUCAAAUUCAUAUUUCGUGGAUUUGUUAAGAAGGUCAUUUUUUCAAAAAACUGAAGAACAUGAAUCGUUUAUGCAAUUUUACACAAUGCAUGAUCUUAUUCAUGAUCUCAUUGAUGGUUCAUUGGCUUUUCCCAAUUCAUUCUUUAGGAAACAUAUGAAGUUGCGUUCAUUUAUUUUUCUAAAUGAUCAUUCUUCAAUCAAUGUCCUUAGCAAUUCUACUUUAGAGAGAAUGAUUUCAAGUUUUUCACGCUUGCAAGCUCUACAUCUAGGUAAUCUGGAUAUAGAGUUCCUGCCUCAAUCUUUUGGUGGACUGAAGCAUCUAAGAUAUCUCUCCGUUUCUUCUGAAAGCAUUGUUACUUUACCAAUUUCCAUCACAAAAUUGCAUAAUCUACAAGUUCUGAAGUUGGAUGAUUGCAGAGAACUCAAAAAUUUGCCAAGAGAUAUUUGGAGAUUGCUGAGCCUUCGACAUUUGUUGACAAAUCUCAUGCAUUUAGAUUUUGGUGGUUACUCAUCCCUGGAAGAUAUGCCAGUUGGAAUUGGUCAAUUGACGUCUCUACGGACAUUGACAAGUUUUAUAUUGGGCAAAGAACGUUGCAUAUCUGGUCAGGCAAGUGAUAAGUUGAAUGAACUAAAAGGCUUUAUUGAUCUCAGAAUUAGCUUAAACAUUAAAUUCAUGGGACUAGUUCGUGCAAUUGCAGAAAGAACACUGAUAGGUGUAGUGAAAAGGAUGGAGCAUCUUCGACGGCUGAGUGUAGAGUUUGAAUAUGGAAAUAAGAAGGAUGAUGAUACUGGUUCGACAGCUGAGUGUAGAGUUUGA